AGUCCACCUUCUAGAUUGAUAGACAAUAAAAAUAGCACUAUACCUGGUGAAAAGAGUGCGUUGGCCAUCUUUUAUGUUGCGCUACUCAAAGGAACAUUAUGGUAUAUACCCCCAGAGGCUGUUGAAUUUGUUGAGGCUUAUGGCGACUUUGCAAGGUUAAAUACACCAGCUGAAGAUGGCCUAGAGAACGAUGAAUUGGACAUUUUAGAAAAUGAUGCAAUCCAAAAUGAAGGAAUGGAAAAUAAUGGAAUAGGCUUACCAAAUAUCGCGCCAAUACCUGAACAAAAUGCUAACCGUCCCGAACAACUGGGAAAUAAUAAUGAUGGGGAAUUCGUUUUUCAGAAUGGCAUGCGCUUACCAUUAUUUCAGCCACAAUUACAAUUUGAGAAUUUAGAGCCAAUGCAACAACCUGAAAUUGAACCUGUACAGAAUCAAAUGCAAGAUACUGGCGAGUUACGUGUGGAAAACCUUGCACCACAAACUGAAAUGCCAGGAUUAAAUCAGAAUGAUAUUGAAUCUGAUUGGAUGGAAGAUGAAUACCAUCAGAUAAAUAAUGGCGACACACAAAUUGAAUCAAAUGUUGAAGCAAUUGAUAAAAGUCCAGUUCUUUUAUAUCAGGAUGAUUUCGAAGGUGAUAAGAAUUCAGGCAGUAUCCAGUCUAUUUCAACAUCAACAUCAUCAGUACCUCAUCCAACAUGGGAUAAUGAACAAUCAAAUGAUAGUGGUAGUAAAUCUAUUGUGGCAGAUGUGCAACAACCUCCUUUUUAUGUUCCGUACGCAGCAACAGGCACAAGACUCUCUAUAUCUGAUUACAUGGAUGAAAUAAAUCAAAAGGACGAAGAUGAAUCUUUGGCUCAAUCUGAUUUUUUGACUGGAUCUUCUAAAAGUGAUGAAUUGCCCUCAUCAUCGCAAAAGUUACCAUCGCUUGCUUCAAACAACUCCAAUUUGGGACAAUUUGAGUCAAAAUGUGUCGAUACUGAACGAGAUGAUGAGGCAAAAAGUAAAUCCACACAAAAUUUUUCAUCAACUUCAAAGACAUCUUCUGGGCAGUAUAAUAUUGGUAAUCUCGGAGGAACUCGAAGAAUACGACCAAUUAGUAAAGUGAGAAGGGUGGGUGCCCCAACUCCGGGGUUAUUAAAUACUCAAAAGCUCGGUGCCACAUCAACAAAUCCCUCAUCUUACGACAAUGAAGAAACUGUUAAUGGUACUUCUUCAAUGGAUUUAAACUACCAUAAAGUUUCUUCAACUAAAGAAUCGCCUUCUGAUAACAACGGUGAUUAUGAAGAAGCAUCAGAAACAUCAGAUAGUGACGAAGAUAAUGAAGAUAUAAAUCUUCAAGAAAAGUAUCCGAGAGAAGUUGGCACAGCCUACAGCCCUUCAAGAGAUAUAACAAAUGGAAAUGUUUAUUAUGCUGAUGAUUCAGCAUUCCCCCUGCAUCGCAUUCCUAAGAAUGGUCAGAAUUCAUCGGUUACUAACCUUUUUGGAAACAAUAAUCCAAUUGAAAGGGAAAAUGCUGAACAAGGAGGAGGACCUGUGGAUGUAAUAGACGGUGGCGACAACGGUCAACCUGAUCCUGGCUUGGAUGUUAAUAAUGUUCAGCAACAAGCAAGACAAGAACAGCAAGCUGAUACAAUUUGGACACAAAUUUGGAAUUGGAUCGCCAACGUUUUGAAUGAUAUACCUGAUCUCAAUAACGAAGCACAAGAUAACGAUCCACAAGCUGUCAAUGGUAAUCAAGUUGCUAUGAAUCCACCCAUUGGCCCAGUAAGAAGAGAGCCUAAUGCGGAAGCACCUGUUUUUCCUGUUCCUGUAUUUAAUGAAGCUAUCGAUGUUCCGGUUGCUGGUCCUGCUUUAGGCCUUGAACCAGAAGAGGAAGAGGAAGAAAACGUUGCCAACGAAGACCUUGAAGGAGUUUUAGAAGCCAUUGGCAUGAGAGGCUCUUUGUGGAUGCUUGCUCAAAACUCUGCAUUGAUGGCAGUACUAAUUGCUUUAUGCCUAUUUGACACGUCCUUAAUGAUUUAUGUACAAGACAUUACAAACCAAUCUCGAUACAUUAUCGCUCAUUCUGCAUCUCUGUUGACACAAAUUACCUCCACUUCUGGAAAAAUAACAAACGGUACCGUUAUAGAUAGUAAUGUAAAUCAUAUUUCUGAGUUUCUCGAAGGCCAAAAUUUAACAGUACUUGUGAAAAUAAUUGAUCGGUGGAAUGGAUUUGCUUACGGUAAUACACCAACGGACAAGAUUGUUGCAUUUUUUGUCGCUAUUGAAUUGUUAAUUUUCCCCAUUAUAUGUGGUAUCUUGUUGGAUUUAUCUACUUUACCACUUUUCCCUGACGCCACCCCAACAUCUCGCUUGGAGUUCUACCUCGAAUCACCUGUCACUUCAACAUUUCUUCAUUGGUUUACUGGCACUGCAUUUAUGUUUCAUUUUGCGGUGUUUGUUUCUCUCUGUCGUGAAAUUGUUCGUACUGGCGUAAUGUGGUUCAUUCGUGACCCAAAUGAUCCGCAAUUCCAUCCAAUCAAAGAAAUUUUAGAAAGACCUGCACCAAUCGUUGAUAAUAAUGCUAUUGAAAAUGAUGAUGUUGCUUUCGUGAAAGAUGGCGGGUUUGUUCGAGCACCAAGUUAUGAUGCCGUACCCGUAGAACCAGGAAAACGGAUGCUGAUACCUGUUACUGAAGACGGCGUCACUCUUGAAUGGUUAAUACGGAAAUGUCAAGCUUUCGCUGAAAAACGAGACCGUUAUGCUGAUUGGGCUGAUAUAAAGCAACCAAAUGAGCAAGCUGGAAAUGACAGUAAUGCUCGUAAUAAUCCUAAUAAUGCCUCAUUGGCAGCAUAG